CUCGCCCCCGGCCCCCGGUUGUGCCACCGGAACCCGCCGGGAUCCCGGGCUCGGCGCCGCACGUGUCGCCGCCGCCGGGCCAUGGUCAGCGGGCGGCAGCGCCCGAGGGCAGCGGAGGCCGGGGGCUGGCGGCAGGCGUGCAGGGAAGCCCAUGGCCCCCGGACCCCCGGACCGCCCCCGCGCCCAGCCCCGGCCCCGCAGCCCCUGACGGCCCCGGGACCCCCCCCGGGCGGCCCCGGGGAGCCCCAGCAGGUCGCCCCCGCGCCGCCGAGCCAUGCGGGAUCGCCCGGUGCUGUCGCCAGCAGAGCCAUGAGCAGCUGUCGCUACAACGGGGGGGUGCGGCGGCCCCGGGGACCCCCGAGCGCCGCCCGCACCCCGCAGCCGCCGCACCGGGAGCCGCAGCCGCCGCGGGGCUGCCCCAGCCCCGGUCCCCGCGUGGUCGUGUCCCGGCCGGAGCGGCCCGGGGCGGCCGAGCCCGGCCCCGGCGCGGCCCCGCCGGGCCCGGGGGCGGCGGAGGAGCGGCGGAACCAGAACAUCGGCUACAAGCUGGGCCACCGGCGAGCGCUCUUCGAGAAGCGCAAGCGCCUCAGCGACUACGCGCUGAUCUUCGGCAUGUUCGGCAUCGUGGUGAUGGUCACCGAGACCGAGCUGUCCUGGGGGGUCUACACCAAGGAGUCGUCGUAUUCGUUCGCCCUGAAAUGCCUUAUCAGCCUCUCGACCCUCAUCCUGCUGGGGCUCAUCGUCAUGUACCACGCCAGGGAGAUCCAGCUGUUCAUGGUGGACAAUGGUGCUGACGACUGGCGCAUCGCCAUGACCUCGGAGCGCGUCCUCCUGAUCGCGCUGGAGCUGCUGGUGUGCGCCAUCCACCCCAUCCCCGGGCAGUACCUGUUCACCUGGACGGCGCGCCUGGCCUUCACCUACGCCGCCUCGGUGGCCCACGCCGACGUGGACGUCAUCCUGUCCAUCCCCAUGUUCCUGCGGCUCUACCUGCUGGGCCGCGUGAUGCUGCUGCACAGCAAGCUCUUCACCGACGCCUCGUCGCGCAGCAUCGGCGCGCUCAACAAGAUCAACUUCAACACGCGCUUCGUCAUGAAGACGCUCAUGACCAUCUGCCCCGGCACGGUGCUGCUGGUCUUCAGCAUCUCCUCGUGGAUCAUCGCCGCCUGGACCGUGCGCGUCUGCGAGCGGUACCACGACAAGCAGGAGGUGACCAGCAACUUCCUGGGGGCCAUGUGGCUGAUCUCCAUCACCUUCCUGUCCAUCGGCUACGGGGACAUGGUGCCACACACCUACUGCGGCAAGGGCGUGUGCCUGCUCACCGGCAUCAUGGCCAGCGAAGGACAGGAGCCAACGCUGUCCCCGCUGUCCCCGCUGUCCCCGCAGGGCGCCGGCUGCACCGCGCUGGUGGUGGCCGUGGUGGCCCGGAAGCUGGAGCUGACCAAAGCCGAGAAACACGUCCACAACUUCAUGAUGGACACGCAGCUCACCAAGCGGGUGAAGAACGCCGCUGCCAACGUGCUCAGGGAAACGUGGCUCAUCCACAAGCACACCAAGCUGGUGAAGAAGAUCGACCACGCCAAAGUUCGGACCCACCAGCGUAAGUUCCUCCAAGCCAUCCAUCAGCUGCGCAGUGUGAAGAUGGAGCAGCGCAAGCUCAGCGACCAGGCCAACACCCUGGUGGACCUGGCCAAGACGCAGGCGCUGAUGUCGGAGCUGCUGGCGGAGCUGCAGGAGCGCCACGAGGAGCUGGAGAAGCGCCUGGGGGCCCUGGAGGCGCAGCUGGAGGCGCUGGGGCUGCGCCUGCUGGCCCUGCCCGGGCUCGUCAGCCAGGCCCUGGGCCAGCCGCGGCCCCCGGGGCCACCGGGGCCACCAGGGACACCGGGGCCACCAGGGACACCGGGGACACCGGGGACACCGCGGCCACUGCGGCCGAGCGCGGCCACCGCCCCCUGCAGCCCCAGCCGCGACCCCCGCGCCGCCCCCGACAGCCCCCGGCCCGCCUCGGACAGCGGCUGAGGGGACGGCGGCGUGUCACCGGGUGUCACCGUGGGUCACCGGGUGUCACUGUGUGUCACCGGGUGUCACCGGGUGUCACCGAGUGUCACCGUGGGUCACUGGGUGUCACCGAGUGUCACCGUGUGUCACCGAGUG